AUGCGAGUGAUCUUGCAAGGGAGAGAGAGAGCCCAGGGAUACGACACCAUCGACCUGGGAGACAGGGUCAUCCACGUUCAAAAGAAACCCCCACGUGUCACCUCCCAACCUGCACAACCUGACCUUGUAGAACCACAGCCCACGCCUACAGAUCCGCACCCAGCGCCUACAGAUCCGCACCCAACGCCUACAGACCCACAACCAAUACCUGCAGAAACAAAACCCGCAACUGCAGAAACGCAACCCACCACCGUAGAACCAAGCGGCACCCCUUCAAACCCACAACCCACACCUACAAACCCCGAACCUCCCCCAGCAAAGCCAGAACCCGCAUCCACCUCCUCCCCUCCACCAUCAUCCUCCUCCCCUUCCACCGACUCCGACCGAUUCCACCAAGCCGUGGUGAUCGGCGCAGACAUCCCCGAGCCAGGCAUCCUCUAUCAGGACAACCCACGCCCCGACACCUCCCUCGAAACCCUCCUCACCAGCGUGAUCACCUCCUACCUGAGGAUGAUCUACUCCCUCUUGGAAAUCACCCUCAGGCGCUUCAGGGAGACCCCGCCGAGGAUGAACUUGUGGAACCCGCUUCACCUCCGCUUUCCUUUCGUUCCUCCCCCGAAAAUCUAA